CCUGAUCUACCCCGCGAUGGGACGUGCAGCCGGCUUCUGAAGAGCUCUUGGGAAGGAAGUCAAGUGGCCGCUGGGCAGAGGCUUGCCCAGGAAAGCUGCACCUCUCCCUCUCUCCAUGAAUUCCCCAACGACAUCUUCACGAACGAGGACCGGAGACAUGGAGCCGUGGUCCUGCACGUCCUCUGCGCCGUGUAUAUGUUCUAUGCUUUGGCAAUCGUCUGCGAUGAUUUCUUUGUCCCUUCGUUGGAAAAGAUUUGCGAACACUUGCAUCUUAGCGAAGAUGUGGCUGGGGCAACUUUCAUGGCAGCGGGAAGCUCUGCUCCUGAGCUGUUUACAUCUGUCAUAGGUGUUUUUAUCACAAAAGGAGAUGUAGGCGUUGGAACCAUCGUCGGCUCGGCUGUGUUUAACAUUCUCUGUAUUAUUGGCGUGUGUGGGCUUUUUGCAGGACAGGUCGUUGCACUGUCGUCGUGGAGUCUCUUGAGAGAUUCAAUCUACUAUACACUGUCUGUUGUUGCACUCAUUGUG